CGAAAUUAAAGACGAAAUUAAAGAUGAAGAUAAAAUUAUUAUUUAUUCAAUUGAAUUAGGAAUUACUAUCGCUUCUUUGGAUAUAAAUAAUGGUUUAUGAAUCAUACUAGUCAUAUUGGAUUACACCCAUUAUUAUUCAGCUGUAUACUAAACAGUGAAGUUUGUAAUUCCGUCAUGAAACAAUGUUGGAAAAAUGGUUUAAAGGAAUUUCAAACUAAUAAUUUAGAAAAUUUUCCAAAUAACGUUCUAAAUAAAACAACUACAACCAAUUACGCAUUUGGAAUUCUAGAUGGGUUUGUUCUGAAGAUUAAACUUACAGAACAAUUAUCAAAAAUAGUUUCACCCCAAAAUCCUAAAGAAUCAAAUUUAGAAAAUAGUGAUGGUUAUGAUGAUAUAAACUUUAAUUUAUUUAAUCCAAAUAUGAGUAUUAUAUGUGAAUUAUUUGAAGAAGUUACUUCAUCUUUGAUUGACAACAGAAGUGAACUUGAGAAUGAAGAAGGUUUAUUUAUAUGGAAUAUAAUAAUUAAAAAAGCAACUGAAUAUGAAGUUAGAUUGGAAUUAAAAGUUCUUAACAACAAUUCUGAUCUUAAUAGAUCCGAUUCUAACAACAGUUCUGAUGCUAAUAUUAUUAGUAAAAGACUUGAUAAAUUUGAAAGACUUUUUGAAAAGAAGAUUUAUUUAUGUAAAACUAAAUUAUUUAAUUGUAAUAAUAUUGUUAUAUUUACAACAAUUGGUCUUUUUAUUUAUCAUUUUAAUGAAAAUAAUAAGUCAAUUUCCUUAAAUUAUUUUUAUUUCAUGGAUUUAUAUAUCAUGAAAGAUGAAGAACAAUAUAAGGAUAAAUUACAAUAUUAUAAAGAUGUAUUUUCAAAGCCUAAUUUACCUUUACCAAAUUAUGAUAGUUUCAAGUCAUUUGAUAAAUGGGUUUCAUAUAUAGUAGAUAAUAAGGAAAGUCUUUUGAAAUAUGGUGUUGAAUUAUUUACUUUUGCAAUUAAAGAACAUAAAUUAGAAUUAAUAGAAGUAAUCUAUAAAAAAUGUAUGUUUUAUUUUAAAAAGGAUUUAAAAAACAAUAAGGUAUUUUUGAGUGUUAUUACUUCUGUUAUGCCAAUAUUAAAUGAAUAUUAUCCAGAAUAUAUUUCAAGAUAUUCAUUAGAAACAACUAUGAUUAUAGAUUCCCCUUUUUAUAGUAUAAAUCGCAAAAAAAAUAAUUUACAUCUUCAUUCUUUUUCCCUAAAUCUUCAAAUAAUUGAUUUAAGUUUUUUCAUUUUGAUAAAAUAUUCCUAUUUAUUGAAAAUAACCUUAAAAGUUACUUAUAUUUUUAAUCAAAUUUUUUCAAAAUCUUCAAAACAUACAUUAACACCAAUGAUUACUUUUAUGAUUCCUUAUAUUAAAUUUAAUAAUUAUUCACAAAAUUAUAAUUGGCUUUUAAAAUCUAGUCCAUUUGCUGAAACAAUAAAUAAAGAAAUAUUUAAAACAUGGGAUGGAGAAGCAUUACUUAAUUUUAAAUGGAAUACUUAUGGAAAAUAUUAUUAUAGAGUUAUUUGGCUUGGAUUUAUUACUUUACUUGUAUGUUUUACUAUUGCAGUUCAUUGUGAUAAUAAUAAUAUUCAAAAACCACUUUUAAUUACUUCAAUUUUACUUGGAUUUAUUCAUCUUAUUUUUGAAGUUUAUCAAUUUUUUUAUAAUCCUAUCAAAUGGUUUAGUGAUCCUUGGAACUGGUUUGAUAUAAUUGCAUAUAUACUUCCAAUUAUUACUUCUAUUAUAUGGCUUAUAAGUAAUGAAAAAGAAUUGGAAUCAUUAAUUGCUUUUUCAUGUUUAUUUUUAGAUAUAAAAUUUUUAUUAUUUCUUAGGGCAAUUGAAUCUUUUGGUAUAUAUUUUGAAAUAAUUAUUAGCGUUGGAAAACAGAUUAUUUCUUUUAUAGUAAUAUUGUUAAUUUUUAUAAUAAGUUUUACACAUGCAUUUUAUAUUUUAUUAUCACCAAAAUCUGUUUAUUCUUUAAAUGAACCUAACUUUGAUGAUUCUAAUAAUCCUUGGAGUACUCUUCCUAAGUUUGUACAAGUAUUUAGUGAUAGUACUAUUGAAAAACCUAAAAUAAUUGAACCAAAUCAAUUUAUAAUUCAACAACCUGAUGAAAAUACUAAUAUGUUUAUAGAUUAUAAAACUGCACUUUUUGCAAUAUAUUUAUUUCUGAUAGGUGAUUCAAGUGCCUUAUCUAAUUGGUCAUAUAAAAAUAAUCCAUCACUUAGUUUCUUAUUUGGUAUUGAAGGCAAAGAUUUUGGCUGAAAUUGAGUUAUUAUAUUUAUUUCCAUAUCAGAAAUGUAAUAAAACAUGGUUUCCUGAAGUAAUAUAUUAUUAUGCUAAUGUUGAUGAAAUUCAGAGAAAAAUUAAAGAAAUAAGUAAUAAAUGGAAUGAUAGUAAUAAUAGCGAUUUUUUAAAAGUUAGAAAAAAUUUAAAGGAAUUGAUAACAUAUGAUAUUGAGUAAUAUAAACUGGGUUCAUUAUUUAUAUAUCUAAAGUUGAUUUAGUAUAACCUGAAUAUCCAAAAAAUUUUUAGCUAG